CGCAUGCGCUGCGGUUUGGGCGCGCCCUCUGAGGGAGCCGCGGCGCUGGAUCCUGGAGCCGGUGCUGGAUGGAAAUCAAGAAGAGGCUGUCCUUGAAUGCUGCCCUCCAUGAAAUGCCAAAGAGGAGUGUGGAAGCAAAUUAGCACACUUAUGUGUACGGACACACUUGUGUUGAAGAGAAACAUCUCUGUGGAGAUAAAUAGGCUUUAGUUACUUCAGUUACAGUAGCCAUACAUAGUACAAGCCAAAUGGGAAGAUUUUCUAGCAAGAUUUGGAACUGGACUUUUUUAUUCUAUACCCUUCGUCUUUCCUGAUUGUCUCUUCCAGGUUUCUCCAAUUUUUUUUAAUCUACUGGUCUUAUAGGCCAGCUAUUUAUUUUAGACUAUUUUUUAUUUGGUCUGUCACCUGCUAGGUUAGGUGUCAGACACUUGCUAUCGCCUGAAUGGACAGGGACACUUUUGCUUACUCCACUAAGUUUUUUCGCGAUUAUAGCGGCUCAUCUCGGGGCGCAACAUGCCAACCCCACGAACAUGUUGACUACAUCGAAAAGCCAGAAACGUUCACUUAUGCAGACUUUUUCAAAGAUUACUUGAUCCCGAAUGACCCCUGUGUUUUCUCCGCAAAGUUCACCGAGGGCUGGGGCAGCAGGAGGAAGUGGGUGACUCCAGAUGGAAAGCCCAACUUUGAGUAUCUUCUACGAUCAUUUGGGGAGGCUGUAGUACCUGUUGCCAACUGUGAUGUCAAGGAAUACAAUUCUAACCCAAAGGAACACCUUAAACUCAAGGAGUACAUAAGUUAUUGGAAAGAACACAUUAAAAAAAGCUAUCGAUCACCCCGGGGGUGCCUUUACCUCAAGGAUUGGCACCUGCACAGGGCUUUCUCAGAUCAAGAUGUUUACACCACCCCCAUCUAUUUCUCAUCUGACUGGCUGAAUGAAUACUGGGAUGCCAUAGCGGUGGAUGACUAUCGUUUUGUCUACAUGGGACCUAAAGGCUCAUGGACUCCAUUUCAUGCAGACGUCUUCCGCUCCUACAGCUGGUCAGCCAAUAUCUGUGGGAAAAAGAAAUGGCUUGUCUUCCCCCCGGGACAAGAGGAGUACCUACGAGAUCGCCAUGGUCACUUGCCCUUUGACAUCACUGCACCUGACCUGAAGAAGAGCAACCUUUACCCACGCUAUGCCCAAAGCAGUCCCCCUGUUGAAAUCAUACAGGAAGCAGGAGAGAUUGUUUUCAUCCCGAGUGGGUGGCACCAUCAGGUUUACAAUCUGGAAGAUACCAUCUCCAUCAACCACAACUGGGUGAACGGGUGCAAUGUAGCCAUCAUGUGGAGCUUCCUCCAGGACGAACUAGCUGCUGUCCAGCGGGAGAUCAGAGAAUGGAGAGACAGCAUGGAAGAUUGGCACUUGCAAUGCCAGGUAUUGAUGAAGUCUUACACAGGCAUAGACUACAAGGAGUUCUACAACUUCCUCAAAAUCAUUGCAGAAAACCGGAUCUAUGUCCUCGAAAACCACCAUUCUGAAGAAGAUGCCUCGAAGCAUUCGUACAGAGCUGCUAUCUCCGGCUUGGGAAUGCUGCAUGCAGUCUUUGAUUUGAAAAGGACUGCAAAGGUCUUGAGCUCCCUGAACGCCAAUGAAGAAUUCAAGAAACUGAACCCCGAGAGCCUUUCCCCUCCUCCCCAGGCGCUCUUACACCGCCUGAAAGCAGCAAUUGAUACAGCACUCCUCUAGUUUCCCGUUUUAUUUUGACCAGUUGCAAAAAAUGCUGCUUUUGCAAGCUGGCUGCAUGCUGAUAAGUUCACUCCAAACCACCCCAUUUAGAAGUCUUAAGCACAGUGAAUUUCAGUAGUGAAUGGGGAACAUAACUGUGUAGGAAACAGGCAGAUGAAAAAAGGAAAGCAUCUCCCUAGUAAGACUCAGGGAGAUACUGAUCCAUUUGCUCACUGAGAUCUAGCCACAUGAUGAAUGACUAUUUGCAUUGGCCAUUCUAAGCUAAGUCCUUUGAGCUGCAAUCUAUACAACUUAACUAGGGGUAAGGCCCUGAACACAGUGGAACAUAUUUCUGAAUAACCGUGCAUAGGGUUGUGCCAUGCAUUUCAGAUUAGGACUGGGGGUGGGGUGGGUG